GCAAAUUUAUUAUGCAUCAUAUAGGUGGGUACAGAACACAACAAUAUAAAAUGAGUGAAAACUUAAAAUCACUGGUGUAAAAUUGUAUAUAUAUUUGUAAAUGGACUGCAGCUUCUUAAGUGUAAUGCACUUAAAUUUCUGAUAUACUAAUUUACACAACAGUUGUACACCCCUCCCCCCUAAAUUAGCCUGAUUAGAUUAAGAGCAGCCCUUUAGGUUACAAAUUAAUAGGUGAGAAUAACCUGGGCACAUGGGCAUUUAAAGGGCUGUAAGGGUAUGGUUUCCCCGUAGCUGUACAUUAUAGGGGAAUGCCCCCUAAAUUGCUGUGUGAUGUUAUUGGCAAGAAAUAUGCAGACUGCACCCCACCAGUGCUCAGAAGAGGCAGAGGCAGCUGUGAGAGCUAAGAUGGCGGCUAGGAAGGACCUGCCUCCUGUAAGUGAUGAGGCAAUGGGCUAUAAAUCCGUUGUUGUUUAUGAAAAUUUACAACUUUGCAAUACAAGUUUAUGAGUUGCUGGGAUAUUCCAUUGGCCGCUGCUGGUCAUGUGAAUGGGAACCGUGAACAUGAAGUUUUUUAUCAUUCCCCUUGCGAGGACAGAGCUGCAUUCUUGUGCUGUACACACUGAGCGCCGGAUCUUUCCCACACACAGCCCAGUCGUGCUCCGGCAUCAGGCAGCUUUGGAGAUGGAGGUUCGGCGACCCAUGUCCGCUUCUCAGGUGCUGCUCGGCCACAAGGAUUGUUUCCCCGGCCGGAAGGUGCGACAUUGUGGAUUGAAAGGCUCACAAUGGCACCGAUUCAGCUUAGAGCCUGGCUCAUUUCCUGCUCCUCCUGGCACCAAAGCGGGCUCAAUACUUCUCCUAUGCGACCUAAACCACAGCUGUUAAACUGGCACGAUCCCUGGGAGCCAAGACUUUCUGGAACAUUUGCCUUUGGAAACACACGGUUUGUCAAGGAGGGACACCGUUUCUGGGGAAAAUGCAGCAAUCUCCAUUGGGUUCUCAUUUUGUGUUAAGAACUAAGACUGGAUGGCAAAGAGAUGUGACUCCAGUGACUCACAAGAGGUCGGACCAGGGAGGCCAUUGGAGGAGGAACGCCACGUGACAGAGGGGUGCCAAUGUUAUUCUUUACGGGUGUCAAGACCCUGUCAGUUUGUGAAAUAAAUAUUGGGAAACAACGAAAUGCAAAAAGCGACCUACUACGACAGCUCUGCGAUCUAUGGUGGAUAUCCCUACCAAGGAGCAAAUGGUUUCACUUAUAAUGCAAGUCAGCAGCAAUAUCCUCCUUCCUCGUCUCUGCUGGAAAGUGAAUAUCAUCGACCUGCCUGCUCCCUGCAGUCACCUGGUAGCGCGGUGCCCCAUCUCAAGGCCAAUGACAUCAACGAAAGUUGUAUGAGAAGCAUUAACAGUCAAUCAAGCCAAGCCCAGAUCAUUCCCGAGCAGCAGCCUACACCACAAGGGCCGCCACCCUCUGUGUCCCCACCACAAACCACCAGCAAUGCAGCCACAGCCUCCUCCAACAAGGCCACAAGCAUCAACUCACCUACCAUGUCAAAGAAGAUUUUUCCUUGGAUGAAAGAUUCCCGGCAGAACAUAAAACAGAAAGCGGGCAGCUCCAGUUCAGGUGAGAGCUGUGCAGGAGACAAAAGCCCCCCGGGGCAAUCCUCUUCCAAGAGGGCCCGUACUGCUUACACGAGUGCUCAGCUGGUAGAACUGGAAAAGGAGUUCCACUUUAACAGAUACCUGUGCCGACCCAGGAGGGUGGAGAUGGCCAAUCUACUCAACCUCACCGAGAGACAAAUUAAGAUCUGGUUUCAGAACAGGAGAAUGAAAUACAAAAAGGAUCAAAAAGGGAUAUCCAUGAUGACCUCUUCAGGAGGGCAAUCGCCAUGCAGGAGCCCAGUGUCAGCUCCAUCUAUUGGAGGUUACCUAAACUCUAUGCAUUCUUUGGUAAACAGUGUCCCCUAUGAACCUCAGUCACCCCCUGCUUUCAACAAACAUCACCCUAGCGCGUAUGGUGUGCCUGCACCCUACCCAAGCCCCCACAACAGCUGUCCUCCCCACCAAAAGAGAUACAGCGGAACUGCUGCGGUCACCCCAGAAUAUGAGCCGCAUCCUCUCCAGCAGGGCAAUGGAGUUUAUGGGAAUCCUCAUGUACAGGGAAGCCCCGUUUAUGUAGGGGGGAACUAUGUGGAGACCAUGACUAAUUCUGGUGGACCCUCCAUGUUUGGUUUGUCUCAUCUCUCUCAUUCCUCAUCGAACAUGGACUACAGUGGAGCAGGACCCAUGAACAGUGGUCACCACCAUGGACCCUGUGACUCCCACCCUACUUACACGGAUUUAUCUGCUCACCACAAUCCUCAGGGAAGAAUUCAGGAAGCCCCCAAAUUAACGCAUUUGUAAUGAUCAUGGAGACAAAUAAUCCCCCCUUUCCCACACUCCUUAUUUCUAUUUUUCUUUUCAGUAAUCCCCUUUAUUUUAUAUUCAAGAUUUUAAUUUUUUUUGCGUGUGUGUGCCAGUAAUAUCCAAAUACUGGCUCUUUCAGAUAUAACCUUGUGGCCCCUAGGAAUCCGGUUUUGAACAUUUGUCUUUGUAUUUUAUUCGACUCUUUUCUCAAACAGGGUAUUAGCAACAAUUUUUUUAUAUGGGAAACAAAUUCUUAAAUGUGAAUUUGUUCGCACAUUUCUCUUAACCCACAGGGAACCCAUUUAAAUUAUUAUUGCACUUCUAUUCAAUUUCUAGCCAAAUAUAAAAAAAGGAGAAAAAACGCUUGAACAGGGACAUCCCUAUCCAUAAUUAUACGUGUAGGUCAUUAAUGUGUGUGUAUUCUGCUGCAGAUACUCCGGUUAAUUUAUUAUAUUUUCCUGGGGGAAAUAAUCAACAACAAAACUAUCGAACUGUUUACAUCUUAUUUAUCCCACCCUUCAUAUUUAUAAACAAUAUAUACCCUUGCUAUUCAGGUCAGGCUCUGGGCCUUCAGUUAUUGGCACAGACAGUGCUUUUGAAAUAAAAAGAAUUCUCAUGAAAGAUGCAAUAAAAUCUGAGAGAAUAUUAA